AUGUCACAACCGGGAUCCGACGAGGAAGGGAAGAGAAAGCGGGACAAAGUGGGAGAGUUCCUAAAGAAGAAUUACAACAAAGGCGAACUCGCCUUAAAGCAUGCCGUCGGCUUGGGCCAGACCCCCAAUGUCGUCCCAGUCACACAGCCCGUCAUCAAUGGCCCCUCACGUGUCGUCGAGGUCGGUUGGCAUCCCGUCGGAGGCCUCGCCGGCAAGUGGUUCGCCGAAGAAACGGGUCUGGGGAAGAUGAUCACAGAAAAGAUCAACAAGUAUCCCGAUCCCACUCAGCACUGGGCUGUCCUGGUCGGCGACUACGCCCACCAGCUGUGGAUGGAUGAGAGCUUUCAUGUCAUCUACACCAAUGAGCGAUAUAAGCGCGAAGAAUGGCGCACCUUCACCGUUGGCGAGACAACUUUCAACGACGACGCCAUCCGUCGCGCAGGCGAAUACGUCAUUCAGAGUAUCAGGUCACGGCAGCCCGCCUACAACCUCAUCACCAACAACUGCCAAACCUACGUCCUGGAGCUCCUCGACGCCGUCAAAGUCGACGGCCACAAGGAUUUUGGCACCACGCUCGCCGUGUAUGAGAGACUCUUUAGCUCCGGCAAGGUCAUCGACCUCUUCUCAGACGAGCAGAAGCAGGAGCAGCAGAACCAGCUACCGAUGCUCGAGGCCCCACCACAAAGCUACGCUCUGCCGCCGUCACCUGCAUCACCGCCCCCUGGCGGACCGCCAAUGUCGUAUACAUUCCCGCCACCACCCGGACAGAACCCGUAUCCGCCGCAGUAUCAGUACGGACUGCCUCCGCUACCGCCGCCCCCGGGUCCACCGCCCCCCGGUCCGCCGCCUCCGGGUCAUCCGGGCCCUCCACCACCGCCGCCACCACCACGUCCACCAGCGGGCCCACCGCCGGGUCCUCACCCUGGAACUGUCUCGCAUGCUCAACAGGUCAUGAACGACAACACGACGCAGCUCAAUACCCAAGAAGAGGCCAGCAAGUCGAGGGGUCUCAAGAAGGAGAGAGACAAGGACAAGGAGCCAAAGAAGAGUUUCUUCUCUCGGUUUACCCGGAAAUGA